GCUGGUAACAUUAAGUUAUUCGUAACGACACGAUGGAGCUAAAUUUUUCGUUUUUUGUGAAACUCCUGUAUGUGAUUAUUGCUUUGGUGACCUUCUUGGUUCUUUACAUAAGAUACAAGCAGACAUACUGGCAGAAACGAGGUGUUCCUACUCUACCGAAUAGUCACUGGUUGUUUGGUAAUGUAAAAAGUAUAAUUAAUGGGACACAACCGCCCGCGUUUGUGAUCGGUGAUUUACAUAAACAAGCUUCGGAGAGCGACGAUAUUUUGGGAAUUUACAUCCUCUCCAAACCGUUCUUGCUUGUGAGAAAUCCAGAAUUGAUAAAACAUAUUUUAGUCAAGGAUUUUAAUUAUUUCCAAGAUCGAUAUUUCUCGGCGCGAUCGCCUCACGAUAAAAUUGGUAGCUCGGGUCUUUUCAAUAUUAAAAAUCCAGAAUGGAGGCAACUGAGGACGAAAAUAACACCGGUGUUCACAAGUGGAAAACUAAAGAAAGCCUUCUAUUUGAUCGCGAAGACAGCUGAAUCGAUGAACAAAUAUUUAGAACAACAAUUUUCGGACGGUAAAAAGACGAAAACCAUAGGAAUGAAAGACGUAGCUUUGAGGUAUACGACUGAUAUUAUAUCUUCUGUUGCUUUUGGAAUACAAGUGAAUUCGUUCGAUCCUGAGAAAGUACAGUUCUUUAAUCAAGCUCAAAAGGGACUGACCCUGACAUUCCGUCGGGCUAUGCAGUUUUUUUUAGCGUUUUUCUUCCCAAAUGCUUCAUGGUUUGUAGGCCAAAUGUUAGGAGAGUCUACCAAUUAUUUCCGCAAAGUAUUCUGGGAUUCUAUGGAUAGUAGAGAGGCGAAUAAAACUAAACGAGGAGACUUAAUCGACUCUUUACUAGAGUUGAAAAACGAAGAACAAGGAAAUGGAUUCAAGUUUGAGGGUGAUGCGUUAGUGGGUCAAUCGGCAAUUUUCUUCGUUGCUGGACGUGAAUCAAGUGUAACAACCAUAACUAUGACACUUUACCAACUCGCUAAACAUCCAGAGUAUCAAAAGCGAGCACGAGAAGAAAUUCAGGAAGUAUUGAAAGAACAUGGAAUGACUUAUGAGAGUUAUCAAAAAAUGAAAUAUCUUAAUCAAAUUAUAUCGGAAAUUCUCCGAAUGUAUCCACCAGCCCCGCUUAUCGAUCGAGUUGCAAAGUUCGAUUACAAGAUACCAGGAACCAAGGUAGUUGUAGAAAAAGGAACACCCGUUUAUGUGGCUUUGGGUGGUCUUCACUAUGAUGCUAAGUAUCAUCCUGACCCCCACAGUUUUAACCCUGAUCGAUUCAGCGACGAAAAUAAAGAUAAGAUUGUGCCAUUCUCAUACAUGCCUUUCGGUGAAGGUCCAAGAGCUUGCAUUGCAACUCGAUUGGGUCUAUUACAAUCAAAUAUGGCCUUGAUUACGAUACUUAAAGGUUACGAAGUUUCGCUGGAUCCUACAUUUAAAGGAGACCUUGACGUUCGCAACAUUUUCUUAUCACCAGCAGAUGGAUUCAGAUUGAAUUUUACCAAAUUGUAA